UAAAAUGAGAGUUUCCUAAAAGAGAGCGAUCAUUGGGUUUAUUUUGCAUGAUUUCUAGUACGAAUUUCAAUGGUCAACAAACUUUCUUCUGGGAAAUUGUCGAAAGCCCACAAAAGGAGCCCAAGUGGUUUAGUUUUGAUCGAUUUUUCUCUGAAAUCGUUGUUUUGGCGGCAGUGGCGGAACGAAGGAACACUGGAUACGGAUUGCUGCUUAGGAGUUCUUGCAAUGUCUGAAACAGAAUCAAUGUUAGUGGAGGAGGAAGAAAACAGGUCCAAUCCGGCUGGGGAAGCCGCGGAAGCUGCCAUGAACGACGAAGAGCAGCAAUCAUACUCGUGGCCAGUGAUUCAAUUCAAUUCCCCUCCACAGAGGACUUACCAUUUCUAUAAUCAGUUUCGGACUGGUCCGAACCCUAACAACUUCUUCAAGGGCGUAAAAUGGUCACCUGAUGGGUCGUGUUUUCUUACGAGCUCUGAGGACAAUAGUCUUCGCAGAUUCAACCUGCCAGAUUACGGCAACGAUGUUUCCGGCAAUGUAGCUGGUGAAGAGGAUUCUUUUACUUCCAACCUUGUUGUGGGUGAAGGGGAGUCAGUCUAUGACUUCUGUUGGUAUCCUUACAUGUCUGCUUCAGACCCUGUUACAUGCGUCUUUGCAAGUACCACACGCGACCAUCCAAUUCAUCUCUGGGAUGCUGCAUCAGGCGAGCUGCGCUGUACAUAUCGAGCUUAUGAUGCCAUGGAUGAAAUUACUGCUGCCUUUUCAAUUUCAUUUAAUCCAGCUGGAACCAAGGCUCGUGAAUGGCUGUUCGGGUGUCUUAUGAUGUCAUCAUGCAUGAACGGUGUCCUUUUUAUUUUACAUCGUGUUAUGUCUAAGAUCGCCUAUAAGGUUAUCAUUGUCGUGUGUGUCAUCUUUGCUGGUGCUUUUGAGGUUGAUGUUUCAAAUUGGUCUCCUUUUUCUCCAAAUGGUUUCCAAUCAGUGUUAACUGGAGCUACUGUAGUAUUCUUCGCAUAUGUAGGCUUCGAUGCAGUUGCAAAUUCAGCCGAAGAAUCAAAAAUGAGAAUAUUUGAUUUGCAUCGACCUGGUAGAGAUUUUGGGCAACACUCGACGCUGCAAGGAAAUAAGGAAGGUCAAACAGGCAUCAUAUCUGCAAUUGCCUUUUCUCCUACACACAAUGGAAUGCUUGCCUUGGGCUCUUAUAGCCAGACCACCGGAAUCUAUAGGGAAGACAAUAUGGAGUUGUUAUAUGUUCUACAUGGUCAAGAAGGUGGAAUUACACAUAUCCAAUUUUCAAAAGAUGGAAAUUAUCUAUACACUGGAGGUCGAAAGGACCCAUAUAUACUUUGCUGGGAUAUUCGCAAAUCUGUAGAUGUUGUAUACAAGCUAUACAGAUCAUCUGAACAUACCAACCAACGGAUAUUUUUUGAUAUUGAGCCAUGUGGCCAACAUCUUGGCACAGGUGGUCAGGAUGGUUUUGUUCAUGUAUAUGAUCUUCAAACCGGGCAGUGGGUAACAAGUUUUCAAGCAGCACAAGACACAGUUAAUGGGUUUUCUUUUCAUCCAUAUAUGCCAAUGACUGUCACAUCAUCAGGUCACCGAAGAUUUAUAGGACCUGACAAUGAUGAUGGGGAUUUAUGUUUGCGUGGUGAUGAAAACUGUGCUUCUGUUUGGAGUUUUAAUUUUGCUUCGUCGGGAGAUGGUGAUGCUAUCAACACCAAUUGACAGCCAGAAUCCAAGCCAAGGUCUGAAUUAUGUUUUUGUUCAUUGAAUUUGUAGCUUGCAUGAACAUUCUCUUGCAAUUUUGCAAGCGAACUGUGCAGCUGCGUAAUUAUCGUAAAACAUUCUGUGUCUGGAGCUGUCUGAUUUUGGGAAGAGAGACAAUUUUGUGUUCUACAUUUAGAACAUCCAAGGAAGAGUAAGAUAUUUUCACAGAUGUUCUAUGUUCUAAUUGGCAAAAGCUAAAACUCAACUCAACACCCAAGUUUU